UGCUGUCCCCCCUCCCUCUGUGAUUGCUGUGCUGUAACGUUAGCACUCAAGGAGACACACUGCAGGAGAUCUGAUCCACAGCUGUAGCGGCACGACAGAAUGCUCACCUGAUCAGGUGUCUUAUUGUGUCAGAGUGGAGGUGCGGUGGAGAGAGAGAGAGAGAGAGAGAGAGAGAGAGAGAGGGCUGUUGAGUCAUUCAGAAAGACUGGUUGACCUGGUUAGUAUAAAGAACCUUUAGCUGUAACUCUAAUUGCAUAAAGUGGAAUAUACAUUUUUUAACAUAUAUUUAUAGUCAUUAUUUGUGAUAUUAUUCCUGCUUCUCAUUGAGCUUCUCAUCCAGCAUUCUUCAGGAUCCAGGCCGAGCAGAUCUGUGUCAAAUUAAUCAGCCUCAGCCGUUCCAUCUACAUGUUCAACUGACUGGAGGCAGUCAGAAUCAGCAGCUCUUUCAGUUGCUGAUUUCUUGAUUUGUGUCAAUCAGUCGUGCUUUUUCACCACCGCUCCUCUCCAGUUCUUCAUCAUCCUCUUCCUCACUCAAUUUCCUGGAGUCACUCUGGACUUUUUGUAGUCUCUGCAUGGACAGCCUGUUCCACUGAGAUGCAGAGAUGAAGAGAUGAUAGGGAAGUAAUGUCUUCCCCUGAGAGGAAAGCUGGAGAGGGUGAGGAGCCUGCUACAGAAGCAGAGAACACUGUGGACAAGACUGAGGAUGAUGCAGACUCGGGCCAUGCUGAGGCAGAAACGGAAAGUGAGGAAGAUCUCCCCACGAUCGAGACCCCCACAAUUUUUAACGUGAGCCCUUUCAGCACUCCAAAGAGCUCCAGACUCCCACCCCUCUUUGACCCCAGCACCCAGCAUCCAAAUGUGCCUGUUGGCUGGCCGGACAAUGCGACCGCUCCGCUCCCCAUCUACAAAAUACACUCCAUCCAGACCCCACACAGCUCCAGGAUGUCCGUUAUCAAAGUGCAGCCCUUCAUACAUGGAGAAGACCUGACAGACGCUACGUCUCUGUGUUGGCCCUACAUCCCUCGCAGGUUGCUGGCCCUGCUGAUAACCAUUUGUGUGCUAAUAGCUGUGAGUGUGAUUCUAGCCAUUGGUCUGGGAGUGGGCCUGAGCUGUUCUGGAAAGUUCCACUGCACGUCUUCAGCUCGGUGUAUCAGAACAUCCGCCCUUUGUGAUGGGGUCAAAGACUGUGGACAGGGAGAAGAUGAACUCAACUGUGUGCGGUUGAGUGGGAAGCGCUCCGUCCUGCAGAUCCGCAGUAAGGGUGUAUGGAGGUCUGUGUGCUGGGAGAGCUGGUCCUCCGGUCUAGGCUUUUCUGCCUGCAAACAGCUCGGCUACAGCAGCUAUGUGAAUUCCUCUUCAAUCCCCAUAUCUUCUGUGGAAUCGGCCUUCCAGAAGAAGCUAGUGGCACUCGGGCCUGGCUUUCUGACCCUUCGGCCCAACUACAAAGUCCACAGCAGCUUCUACCUCAAGAAGGUUCAGUGCAGGUCUGGGCUGAUCACAGCACUUAAAUGUAUAGAGUGUGGAACCAGACCGGGUCUGAAGAGCCGAAUCGCUGGGGGAAAUGUAUCUGCUCCUGGGCAGAAUCCCUGGCAGGUUAGCUUGCAGUACCAGAACCAGUACCUGUGUGGUGGAUCGCUCAUAACCAACCAGUGGAUAGUCACUGCUGCACACUGCGUAUUUGGCUUCACUAAUCCAGCUUUAUGGUCAGUGCGUGUGGGCCUCAUAGACCAGCCUGUGAGUGGGGCGAGUGAUCUCUCCGUCUCCAAGAUCUUCUACCACGGCUCAUAUCACCCAGAGCAAUAUAAAUACGAUAUUGCUCUCAUCAAGCUAACACAGGCGCUCACGUUCAGCGGUCAGGUGCAGCCCAUCUGUCUGCCCAACUACGGGGAAACUUUUACACCUGGAUCCAUGUGCUGGAUAUCAGGCUGGGGGGCUACAGAAAGUGGGGGGGAGGUGAGUGUGUCUCUGCACUCAGCACAGGUUCCCCUACUUACCACUACACAGUGCGGCAGGACAGGGCUUUCACCAUGGAACAUCUGUGCUGGAUACAAGAAGGGUGGAGCCAACACGUGCCUGGGGGACAGUGGUGGUCCACUGGCCUGUGUAGACUCAGUGUGGAAGCUGGUGGGAGCAGCAAGCUGGUCUCAAGGCUGUGAAAAGCCCAACAGCCUUGGGGUUUACACCAGCAUAACUUACGCCCUCCCAUGGAUCCAGCAAAACUUGGAGAAAGAAGAGGCGGAGCAAACAGUCUAAGCAUCAUCAGAAGCAAAUUCACUUGUGGAAGCUCCAGUGGGACUCAGCUACUGGACCUAAAAAAAGUCUGUUAGAGCAAAGCAUAAAUUACAUUUUCAAUGCUGUAUGUUUUUUCUGACAUUUAAUAUUCACAGAGUAGAUAUAGCAUUGUAAAGCCAUUUAUUAUGAUUCAUAAUCAUAGUAUGGUUUUAUUUAUAGUUCUUGUGUAGAUUUCGUUUAAUAAUAAUAUAUACAAAUCAGCUAUUUAAAAUAUUUAUUUACCUAUUUCACAUUUAUUUACAAUCCUAGUGCAUGCAAAGUGAAAGGCAGACAAAUGUUAAUUGUAUUUUUUUUAAGCCAUGUUUUGAAAACUGUCAAUGCAGUUGAUAAAAUAGUGUAUUUAUUGUAAAAUCUCCUAUUUAUUCAGAGAGCACUCCUUCAAUGACCCAGAAUAAAGAUGUUUUUUUAAAGAAAUUAAAUCAUUUUAACUUUCAUAUUCAACCAAAUUUAAUAAAAUCUGAUUUAAAAUUG